AUGCUCGGGGAAGCCGAUUCUGUGGUGACCCGGUACCUUCACUGCAGUUUCAGGAUAGCCCAUGCCGCUGAGCCCCUGGAGCCCCUUCGGCUCAGUGGGAUGCUGCCGAUUGUCGCAGUCAUGAAGUGGAGAAUGAGACAGUGGCGCUAUGACUUGCCACUCGAAGUGACAAAAAGGAUUCUCAGGGAUGCUCUUCGUGGAAUUGUAGAAUUCCAUGAUCAGGAUAUUGUUCAUACUGAUAUCAAGGCGGACAAUGUUUUUAAACGCGUCAUCUUUGCUGUUGGGGAAGAUGAGUUGGACGAGGAUGUGGACCGUUUGAGCAUUGUCAUUGAGCGCCAAGUAUCAUACUUUGCAGAUGAAGGUGGAAUGAGUGGGUUUUUGAAGCAUCUUGGUGAUAAUCCCUGGGUUCGUGUUUUCGAAGUAAUUCGGGAUGGUUUCGACAAAGAUCACCCUCGCAGACCAUUUUCCCUCUGGAAGGGUGUUGAUAAAGACUUUAAAAGUCUUGUCUGUGCCAUGACAAAUUUUGAUCCGAAAAAGAGAAUCACGGCCCAUGAGGCGUUGGCGCACAAGUGGUUUGAAGAUGUCUCACAUGAGCAGGAGAAGCAAAUUCUCUUAAGAAUCAAUAUCUCUAAUUAG